GCUUCACUCAGCCAGCAACUGCGCACUCGCCCAGCUCUUUAUAACUCCAGGCAGGCACAAUCCACCGAACCCUCUCCGUCCUUCCUCCUGCACCGCCAUUGCCCAUUACGACUGCCUUAUCCACCUGGCAGCCUGCUCCUCUCCUGCCACAGAUAUCAGACUGAGCUUCGUCGUCCGGUAAAGCUGUCAAUAAGCCGGAGCCUUCGACCAAAAAAGAUCCGAGUCGACAUUGUCCACAACUUGCGCCAGGAGCAGCAGAAGAGAAGCAACAGCACACAGACACAAUGACUAUCGCCGAUGAGUUCCGAUCAAGGAAUUUCAGUAUAUAUGGCCAAUGGACGGGCAUCAUUGCCAUGAUUCUAUGCUUCGCCCUGGGCAUCGCCAACAUCUUCAACUUCCACUGGGUUAUUGUCUUCAGCGUAAUCUGCCUAGUCUGCUCCUUCAUAAUACUCUUCAUCGAGGUCCCUCUCCUCCUCCGAAUCUGCCCGACCUCGCCGAAGUUCGAUGAAUUCAUUCGCCGAUUCGCGACCAACUAUAUGCGCGCUGGCAUCUACGCCGUCAUGUCUAUCAUCCAAUGGCUCAGCAUCAUCGCCAGAGCCACCAGUCUGAUCGCCGCUGCCAUUGUGUUGCUCAUCGCCGCGUUAUUCUAUGCUUUGGCCGGAUUCAAGGGGCAGGAAUUCCAGAGUAGCAAGACAUUGGGCGGACAAGGAGUUGCGCAAAUGAUUGUGUAGAAACACUGCAGGGUAUACACAGAAAGAUUAUAGGAGACAAGAUGUGGAGGUUGAUGGGAAAUGAGAUGAAUCAAUGCAUGCAUGGCGCAAUUCAGGGUAGAAUGGGGAUCACUUUCUGAGGCGCGAUGCGAUGAGAUGGAAAGGAACGGAAAAAGAAGAAGACGAACGGGACCAUGAACAAUGACAUAUGCGAUAUACCGUGUACGUUUAUUACUGCUACUGCGGAAAUGUUAUCAUGAAGAUGCUUGUAUCAUGAAGACAUCACAUCCCCAACUUCUCACAUCUGCGGUGUUCCGGGCAUUGAGAGGUCGAACGAUAUGGAGACUAAAAAACCGCUAAGACUUUACAUUAAGCACCUCGCAGCA